GCGGACGUCAGUUAUUACCGCUCCAGUGCAACCAGAAACGACCAGUUCCUUCGGCAUGGCCUCGAGGAAGACCACGGCGCAUGCGACCGCACAAGACGAGGACGACGACAACAACAAUGCGACUACAAAUUGCAGCGAGCCCCGCAAGGUGAUCAUGCCCAAGCCUUGCCCCGACCUCCGCGUCCGGACCGGCGGCUUCCAAAAGAUCGAAGAGCGAACGUGGAACGUCAUGCGGUCGCGGCGCACGACGACGAUGCAGCAGGCAGCGACGCCCGAGCCGCUGAGCAACAACGACUAAGAUGACAAUCAGAUGCAUCUACGAACGGCAACUCGCUUGCAUCAUGCACGCUUGAGCGGCUGCGUGUACUUUGUGGCGCUGGCGAGGCCGCCAUGCUCAUUUCAACAAUACUGGCCAAUGGACGCCGCGUAUUUUCUAAAUAAUGGACCAAUCGUUGCGUUCUGUA